AUGGGGACCCAGAAUUCAUCUCCAGGCAGCAUGGUCUGCGCCGAAGUGGGCGAUGAAAUCACCAAGGACAAGUCACCAAGUCGUCGGCUCAGACGCCAGGAGUGCGUGCAGUUCCGCGUAGAAUUUGUUUCUCGUCUCGGCGGAACUGUUCAUGGGCGGAGCGCGGAUACUGACAAGGGUGGUAAUUUCUCCACCCCAGAGAGGAAAGCGGAGGCUCGUCAGGCGAUCAAUUAUGCCCCGCGGCAAACAGGGCAGUCGUCCCACGAUGUCGUUACAGAUGGCGGAGGUGACACCCGCGUCUCGUCGCUUUGCCCUAGGACGACCGCUCCAGAAGAAGGUGAAGCCGGCACCCACCUCCUCCAGUUAACCUUGUUCGGAGAAUCGAGUCUCGGUGAGUGCGGCGACGUCACCUUGUAGUGCGCCAGUUCUCGUGCCAUAAGCGCCGUCCUCCGGUCCGGUCGGAUGACCCCCCGGAUUGUCUAGAAGGGAACGAACAUUCCAGGCUGCCAGAGUGAGCGGACUCACCCUGCCAGUCUGGGGACAACGAGUGGGGCGGCGCGAAUGUGAAGGAGGCGUAGGAGGAGGAGGAGGGUUGAAGCAGGAGGAAGAGUUCGCGGGGGAGGAGGAGAAGAAGGGGAGAGGGAGGAAGGGCAUGAGUGCUGUUUCGAUUUUGAUCUAUUUGACAGUGAGUUUCGAGUCUGUGGAAAUAAUCAACCUACAGACGGUGUGGGUGUCCAGCAUUCGUUUAGAACAACAAUUCUAACCCAUCUCCCUUUGCGGGGAUGAGCAGUGCUUUCACUAAAUAAGGUUGCGCAUAUGUCCCAGACGGCUGACGAACUCACUUUAAACCGCGACUUUUGUUCAGUGGAAAAAAGACCAAUGUUGGCCUGGGCCUGACUACGGCGAGACCACAAUAUUUCGACCGUCGCAUCCGACGACGUCCUCCGUACGCUCCACAGCAGGGUGAGAUCAGCGACAGUGACUUGCGCGUGCUUUAGUUUAAAGAGGUGGAAGACUUGCGCCGAAAGUACCACACUCUUCUCCUCCCCCACCUGCACCAGGCGUCAAGACAGUUUCAUGAGAACCGGAGGUGGGGGAGGGCGCAGGCAGAUGGUACGGUCGAGCACGCACCUUGGCGUUCCACUCCCCACCCCCUAGUCCAAACAGGGAACAAAUGGGUGCUUGAAUAACAGCAACAGCUCUAUCCCCUCCAAUACAGGCAGGACAGAGGUGACCUCAUAGCAACGUUCCAGUUGGUAAAAGGACUUAAUCUGGAUGUCGACUGGGAAACGUUUUUUUGAAAUGGCACCCAAGUUCAAUCUCAGACUACAUGAUUACCAGCUUAAAAAGGAACUGUGCCACACAAAUCAACGCUCCUCCUUUUUCUCACAGAGGGUCAUUCGCCAAUGGAAAUCUUUGCCGGAAUUUGUUGUUAAUUCCCCUACCGUGAAGGUGUUCAAGAGGCAACUGGAUACGCACCUGCUGAAAGGCAACCCGAACUGCCGAAGCCGUGACGACACACCCGGCUCGGACCCACGCAUUGCGAGUGUCAUAGAGGCAACUUUAAGAAGGAGACCUUGGAACCCGAUUCUAAGUCCAUCAGCCAGCCACUCCAUACACAAACACGUAAUGUCUACUGCGAGAUGCAGUUAUCCCGUCAGUUGACAACCUUCCAAACCACGGAUUUUAGUGCACCGUGAUAGCUUCAGAUACUUUAUAAAGAGGAGGAAAAUGCGCUGAGUCGUCGAUCUCACUCUCCCUUCACAUUCUCAGGCCGCAGCUAAUGUCCGACCCCGUCAGUUGACUGGAGCGUGGAAUGGGUGCGGUGGCUGACAGGGUCUAGUGAACAUGUAUAUGCGCGCCACAUGCACGACCUGGCUCCUCAAACACAAGCACCAUGAUUACACAAAACUCGCGUUGAGCAGCGUUCAUCUGACAUGCGUGAGGGUGCCGUGAACACGCUGACAAGGAGUUGUUUCAGUCUGACUCUCCUUGUGCACGGUGGUUGUGGAAGAACGAGAUCAAAUUUGCAUCGUCAAGUAGUUAGACAGAUCGCUCACAGUUCUGUAUGGCGAUGCGGAUCCCGAGGUUCUUAUCGACGAACAGAAGUUCAUGGAUGGUGACUGUGGAUAUACGCGACCGGAAGUGCAUCCGUCUGUGGUUGAGGACGUGGCGAGCCGUCCCAUAGGCGAGGUGGAUCCCGGCGCGUUCGUCACGUUAAGCGUCCAUCAACAUGGAGGGGAACAUAAGACUGCGAAUUUGUCCGUGAUGCGUGCUAUCAUGCCAUCAUGGAGCUGACGCACCCUCUGACUGAAUCGUCCCGGACAGCCAAAUCACCGCAUUAUUAACCACAUUUCGUCACAAUUCACCCUGUCGAAGGCAUUCGUUCGAUCCACGAAAGUAAAGUGCAGUUGGGUCCGCAUCUCCUGACGCCUCUCCUGCAGCUGGUGGGUGGUGAAGAUCCUGUACAUGGUACCACGAUAACGGCGAAAGCCGCACUGACUGUUCCCCAGAAGACCUUAAUCCAAGUGAUUGUUCAGGCGGUUGAGAAGAACGUGAGCGAAUAUCUUACCGGCAAUGUUCAGCAGGAAGAUGCCUCGGUGGUUGUCGCAAAGCUGGCGGUUUCCUAUCCGUUUGUAUAGGUUUAUGAUGGUGGCGUCCUUGAAAUCCUGCGGGACUUCUCCUUGACGCCGUAUAUCCUGGAACAGUGCUGUCAGAUGCUCCAUGAUUUGGGGACAAUCAUGAUUAAAUACCUCCGCAGAGCUCGCGUCUGAUGUGGGCGUUUUCCCGCUGGAGAGCUGCUGCACGGUCCUGAUAGUCUCGUGGAGAGAUGGUGGGAGGUCAAGGUUGGCUUUGGUCUCCACUUGGGGCGGUCGGGCGAUGGCGGUGUCGGAGAUGUUGGAAGGGCGAUUGAGGACGCCUCUGAAUUAUUCGGCCCAUCGCUGCAGAAUUUGUGUCUUUUUUCGAUGAGCUUGGUUAUUCAGUCGGCGCCGAGGAGAGGUGCAGUACCUUUAUUGGGUGGACAGUGGAUGGCUUUGAUGACGGAGAAGAAGUUCUUCCAUUCGAUGUGGUCCGCGUACCCUUGGAUCCCCUUAGCCUUGCGGGCCGUCAGUGCGUUCUGUAUCUCGCACUGCCGCUGUUGCACAAGGCGGCGGCAACGGUAGAAUGCUGCUUUGUUUUCGUCGUCUGUGGGGUGGUCGAUGUAGGCUUUUUGCAGGCGGUCCUUCUCGGAGAGCAGGUUGUAGGUGGCGGGAUACGCGACCGAGGAUGGCCAGCGCCCUCGACUGGAUUGUGUCCCAGCAGUUCUCCACGGAUGCGUUCUCCUCAGCGGCGGCAGCGGUGGCUUCACUGACGAUUGGUAAGUUGUCUAGCCGUUGAGCUGGCUCAUUGUUGAAAUGGGGAUGGUGAGCGGGCAAAGACAACAAGGCAAUAUUCAGCCUACCCGGGGGUCGUUUACUUGGACAUCUCCUGUCAUGUCCCAUUGUCUGCGUCUCGCGACUUCAUGCCACCGUGGAGCCGACGCAUCAUCUGAUCUAAUCUCUCUCGUUCUCACACUGCCACUUACGCCACCGUUGUUUAUUCUGCCCAAAAUCAAACCAUACGCCUGUACUUCAUAGAACGUUGUGCAGUAUGCAAGCAGUGCGAUUUUGCCGAUGUUUGCUUAACUCUGAUCGGCAACACGCUCUUCAGCACACUGCGUUUGAAUUGCAACCGCUGAAAGACAACAGUUCCACACCACCAUCUGGAUCACCUAUGCCUACAUUGAGCUAAGGCAAAGGGCUAGCGUAAUUCAGGGCGGCAGUUGCUGUGAGACUGAAGAGGAGAUCGAGUAGAGAGUGCGUCAUCCUCUUCUUUCACGGGUAUCGAAGCCCCAACCUGCUAACACACAACACCAGCACGCCUUUAAUCUGCACACACGAAACCCCACCCAGCCAGCUCCCUCCCUCCCUCCGCACCGGAUCAGCAGAUUUAAGUACAAAUCGUUGCACCUAGAGUGGCGUGAUGUGCUCGCGUCUGUUACUUGGUUUGUGAAAAAUGAUGACAGGAACCCUAAUGCAAUAAGUUCAGCAUUCAUCAGACGUAAUACAGAGCUGCAGGUUUGCAACUAGCUCGCGGGGAAUUUAUCUGACAUAUAAGUGAUCUGACACAAAUGAAGGUAUAACCACUGCAUAUUCUUAAAUUGCCUAUCCAUUAGAACCGAGAGCCCCUUCAGUUUACAGAAUGUAUUUCCUAAAGUCUCACACAUCCACGUUGAUUGAAUUGUUAAACAUCGGUGCCACGGUGAGACUGGAACCCACGACAGCAUGUGUUUAACUAUGACAAGUAAUCCAUAUCUCCUUAUUUUGACUGGCAAGGCGAGCCUAUUGCAGCUUGGCCGACUAUUUUCGACAUUGCCGUUUUAAACUUAAGUACACAGCCGAGUCAUUUUGACACGCAUAUGAAAUACUCGGCGCCUCGGUGGGGCAUGAACCCACAACAGCAAGGGGAAGCCUUAGUACAGCCAACGCUCUAGCCAACAGAUCUAAAAGGCUCCACCGGACGACGCUACAUUAGUCGUAUCUGUCAUAAUACCUAUGAAUUACCUAUAUGUAUAGCGUUGAAUACCUAUAUGAAUUACUCGUAGCCAUCUGGUGGAUUCUAGAUUUAUUACUUAGGAAAUCCUGCCUGGGCAGUAAAAUUACUGUGUCAGAUUUGGUGGAUUCCACAGGUUGCAGUAAGUUGGGCGGGAAACUCGCGUCGUCCGGCGGGGCCUCGUAGGUCAGGUGGUUAGAGCGUUGUCUGUACUGACGCCUCCCCCUUACUGCGUGGGUUCGAAACCCACCGAGGCGCCGAGUUCUUCAAGGUUGGGUAAAUAUGAAUUAUUCAAUGUCUGCCAAAAUAUCUAAGAAUAUAUUUCCUAAAUACUCACACAUCCACCUCGAUCGAACUGCAAAAACUCGGUGCCACGGCGGGAUUUGAAGCCAAGACAGCAAUGGUUUAACUAUGUCAAGUAAUCCAUAUCUCCUUAUGUUGAUUCGCAAGGCGAGCCUAUUGCAGCUUCACCGACUAUUGUCGAUAUCGCCGUAUUAAUCUCAAGUCCACAGACCAGUUAUUUUGAUACCGAUAUGAAAUACUCGGCGUCUCGAUGGGGUCUAAACACACGACAGCAUGGGGAAGCCUUAGUUCAGCCAACGCUCUAUUAACCUGUGCUAAGAGGCUCCAUCGUACGACGCUACAAUUAUCGUAUCUGCCAAACUACCUAUGAAUUACGUGAGUUUCGUAGCCAUCAGGUGGAUUAUAGAUGUUUUACUUUGGAAAUCUUGCCUAGACAUUUAGCUUACUGUAUCAGAUUAGGUGGAUUCCAAACGUUGUUGUAGAUCGAAUAGGUAAACUUGGUUUAGAUGUGAUUAAACUCGCGUCGUCCGGUGGGGCCUCGUAUCUCAGGUGGCUAGACCGUUGGAUGUACGUAAGCCUCUCUUUGCUGUUGUGGGUUCGAAUCCCACCAAUUAGGCUUAGGAGCAACUUCGGAGACUGAACCCACUUAUUUUUCAGCAGUAAAGCAUUCUUGGAUAUCUGUCGAGGACAAAGUCUACGUAUGUCUGAAAGUUGGACCCAAUGUUGGCAUUCCCUGAAUGCACGUUUCCAGUUAACGCCAAACAAACCCGAUCUAGCCCGCGUGUUGGUCCAGCGCAUCUAAUGCCUGACCGAUCUCAGGGACACUGCCAUUGUUCGGUGACGCACACACGCAACGACUGCGCACGCCACUGACUACCUGCUGCCAAGGUCAUCUAGGGGCGCUUCUGCUCGCAUUCAGCAUUCGGCCAUCUGGCGAAAUCUGCCAGCUGCGUCAUCCAUCGAGUGCGAUCGAUUGUCUCUCGGCAGGCUCGCAGGCCGCCUCACUGUCCAGGGGCCAGCAACUCGAGAUGCGCCCCUGAUGACUGACUGUCCACCCGGAAAACAAGAAGAAUCAGGGCAUUCCCACAUAGCUCGUGCCGAUUCAGUUAAUCGUAUCUCUGGUUGCAACCAAAUCACUAACCAGGGUUAGGUUUGAACAUGCGUUUUCUUAAAUACCCUUGAUAUUAUUCAUGUGAAAUCUUUGCUAAGCAUAAAUCCCGAGACAGUCCAACCUUUUAAUCUUUUUUAGAGGAAGAAACGGAGACAGACAGCGUACCUGCCACCAACAUCUUCCGUCGACCGACUACCAAGGAGGGUAACGUUUCAUGA